AUGCCGGCUGAUAAUACUAAGGAUAAGAGAAAGUCUAUUCCUUCGAAUCAGGUGGAAUUGUUGUUUGCGAAGUCAAAGGUAUAUCUUCAUCCAACUCCAAGAAAGGCAGAUAAUAUAUGUGGAUUCCUAUCUUUGAGCAGAGGUGAUACCAAUAAUCACACUUCUAAAGACAUUUUGUUAUCGUUUACUCCGGUGGGUCAAUUGAAACCCGAAGAUUUGAAAAUUUACGAAACUGUGGAUAUGGAUGAUAGUCUUCUAGUGGAUUCAAAAUCUUCCACUACCAAUAAGUCAAAUAAUUACCUCGUUAGCAAGCCACCAACAUCUACAUUAAGUGGAUAUAGCUUCAGUGUACCAUUGUCAUACAUCUAUUCUACUCAGGUGAGAAAACCUGUGAAUGAUUUAUGGAAUGGUUCUUUAAUAAUACAUACCAUGGAAGGUGAAAGAUUACCAAUUGUUAAUUUCCAUGAUGAAGAAAGUCCAUCGACAAAACAACGUCAAAAGUAUUUAAAUCAAAAGAUGGAGAUUUUUGACGACGAUGGAGAAAUUUAUUGGGGUGGCAAAGACUUUGUUAAGGCUCUUGGUAACUUUAUUCAUAUUGAAAAAUCUACCUUAGAACCAACCGUUUAUUUGAUUGAUCCUGAAUCUGAAGAUAUGAGAAAUUUUUCCCCUUUUCAAAAGAAACUGGAACCUCCAAAGAAUGCCAUUGAAAACUUUAAAUUGCCUGAUGUGAACAAGAUAUUUAAUGAUGCUAAAUGGAAAGUUUUAGAAACCGUUGCAACAAUAAGUGCAAAAGCGAGACACCAAGUGGCUGAUAUAAUUGAAGAAAAUGCUCCAACCCCAGUUAAGCAAUUAAUUGGAAGACCAGAAGUUAUGAAAAUCAGUAAUGAAUUUGAUAGUGCCAGAGUUUAUUUAGCCAAAUGGGCAGCACAAGUGAAGGUGGAAUCCGAGCAAGCUCAAAAAAACUUUCAAAUUGAUGAUGCUUUGUAUGAUAAGAUUAAUAAAGAAUUGGGGGUGAAUUCCAAAAAUCCCGAUAUUUUAACACCAGAAGAAGUUAACAAAUCAUCCAGAAGAAAAGCAAUCAGUUUGAUCGAAUGGCAAGGAUUCUUUGACCACUCAGGCAGGUUAUCGCUUACUGUGGACGAGGUUAAAAAUCGUAUCUUCCAUGGUGGAUUAGAGGAUGCAGUCAGACCAGAAGCUUAUUUAUUUUUAUUGGGAGUUUAUUCAUGGGAUUCUUCCAAAGAGGAGCGUGAAAUACAAAGAACAAGCUACGAAACUGCAUACGAGGAAUACAAACUCAAAUGGGUUACGGAUGAAGAUAAAAGAUCUACUGAUUUUUGGAAAGAUCAAAAGCAUAGAAUUGAAAAAGAUGUUAAUAGAACGGAUCGUCAUUUACCAAUAUUUCAAAAUCCUAAACCUGUGAUUGAAAAUCAUUCUAAUAGCGACCUGGAACCGGAAACUCCAGAUGAAGAUGAAGAUGAAGAUUUUGAUGUUGCAAAUAUUAAGAACCCUCAUUUAUUCAAAAUGAGGGAGAUUUUAUUAACUUAUAAUGAAUAUAAUGAAAACUUAGGUUACGUUCAAGGCAUGACUGAUUUAUUAUCGCCACUCUAUCUUCAGAUAAAGGAUGAGUCUCUUACCUUUUGGGCAUUUAGUAAAUUUAUGGAUCGUAUGGAACGUAAUUUUGUUAGAGAUCAACUGGGUAUGAAACAACAAAUGUUAACGUUGAAUGGGUUAGUACAGUUUAUGUUACCCGAUUUAUUCAAACAUUUGGAAAAAUGUGACUCUACUGAUUUAUUUUUCUUUUUCAGAAUGUUAUUGGUUUGGUUUAAAAGAGAAUUUGAAUGGGAGCAAGUUUUAAGAUUAUGGGAAAUCUUAUGGACUGAUUUCUAUAGUGGUCAAUUUCAUUUGUUCUUUGCAUUAUCAGUUUUGAGCGAUAAUGAGAGAAUAAUCAAACAAAACUUGGUUCGUUUUGAUGAAGUUUUAAAAUACAUGAAUGAUUUGUCAAUGAAGAUGAAUUUAGAUGACUUAUUGGUUAGAAGUGAAUUGUUAUUCUUGAGAUUCAGAAGAAUGGUAGAUAUAAUCGAUCGCGAAAAUACUGCAAGACAAUUCAAUCAAGACGUCUAUCAAUCUACAAAUGAAACCGAAGGCCAGGACCAUCAGGUAUUCAAAAUCAGCCCUGACUUGAGACAAUUAUUGAGUAAAAAACCUAUCAUUCAGAAAGAAGGACCUAGACCCGAAGGUGCUGGAGGAGGUUAA